CGACACCGGUGCCAUAUGUGUGGAAAGAUGUUCAAUAGGCCAAGUAGCCUCAAAAUCCAUCUGACGACGCAUACAGGCGAGCGACCGUUCCCAUGCCCUUAUCCUGGAUGCGGCCGUGCCUUCAACGUCUCGAGUAACAUGCGGAGGCAUUUCCGAACACACAAUACGAACGGA